AUGGCACAUUUUUCUUCAGAAAUUCAAGAUGUGCCUCCUAAAGAUGAAUCAACUGGUUCAGAAACCUCCAUUAGAUCUCCUUUGUGUGAUUACACACUUAAUGAGGACUCAGUUUUGAGAUCUAUGAUUGAAGAAACAGCUUUUCAGGCUUUGUGUGAGGAAGCUGUGAUAAAAAUGCCAUGUUACACAUUUUCUGUCUCUGAAACAGAUGAAUUCAACGAUUUUAUUUCACUCAAUUUUCCUCAAAAACUUUGGAAGAUAGUUGAAAGUGAUCAGUUUAAAUCUAUUUGGUGGGAUGAGAGUGGCACUUCUAUCAUGAUCAGUGAAGAAGUCUUCAAGAAAGAAGGCUUAGAAAGAAAGGCCCCUUUCAGAAUAUUUGAAGCUGAUAGUAUGAAAAGUUUAGUUCGACAGCUUAACCUUUAUGGGUUUAAAAAGCAACAAACUUUUCAAAGAUCUGCUUCACUAGCUGACUUUCUGGAAGAAGAAAACAAUGUCUCUGUUUUGAGCAAGUUCAAUAGAAAUCUGAAAAAUAUCAAAUUUUUCCUCCAAAUUGAGGAUGAAGAAUUGGAAAAUGAGUGUUUCAGCAGUGAUGUGAAAGCAUAG